UAGCGGAAGUGGCGGCGGGGGCCAUCGCGGACACACCGAGCCUCGUCUCCCUCCUCCACCUCCACCUCAGCUGCUGGUGUAUGUUCGGCCGCCUGAUCGCCACCGUGUCUCAGAGGGUGCCGAGCGUGUUGAAGAUGGCGUCGCCGAGGAUGAAGCCGCAGGUGGUGUUCGUGCUGGGGGGGCCGGGCGCCGGCAAGGGGACCCAGUGCUCCCGGAUCGUGGAGAACUACAGCUACACUCAUUUGUCAGCUGGGGAUUUGCUCAGAGAGGAGCGAGCAAGAGAAGGGUCAGAAUAUGGACAGCUCAUUAGCGACCACAUCAAAGACGGCAAAAUCGUCCCAGUGGAGAUCACUAUCAACUUACUCAGGAAGGCCAUGGAAGAGACUAUGAAGCAAGAUGAGAAAAGCUUCUGCUUCCUCAUAGAUGGUUUCCCUCGUAACGAGGACAACCUUCAGGGCUGGGUCCGUGUCAUGGACGGCAAAGCAGACAUCAAAUUUGUGCUUUUCUUUGACUGUGGCAACGAGGUCUGCAUCGACAGAUGUCUAGAGAGGGGAAAGAGCAGUGGCCGCACAGACGACAACAGAGAGAGCUUGGAGAAAAGAAUCCAGACCUACCUGCAGUCUACACGACCGAUUAUUGAAGUAUACGAGAAAGAAGGCAAAGUCCGUACUGUAGACGCUUCUCGUUCUGUGGAUGAGGUAUUUGCUGACGUGAAAGCCAUCCUAGACAAAGAAGGUUGAGUUUUUCCUCCAUCUGGCAGCUACAUUACUUUACCUCUUUUUAGUUCUCUUUUUAUCAGCUAUACUUUAAACAUUUAUAUGUCCACUCAUUGAAGUUUUUAUGUUUGGCUACUUGUGCUUUUCAUGUUUUGUAAAUGUUACGCUGUUUGAGACAGCGUAGGUUGGUGUGUGUCAGUACGAAUGAGAGGUGGAGAUGCUGAUCAUCGGCUCAUCCCGGUGCAGAAGAGCUCUCAGCUCGCUGUGCGUCGUCUUAGUCUGAGGCCUUCGCAUUGGAGCUAAAUGUAUCACUUGCUUAGGAAUAUUCUUCAUUUGUCAAAGUCUACUACACCACAAGACGGCUCUUAGAAAUAUUGUAUUCAUCACAGAAUGUUCAGACAGAACAGUUUUAUGACCUAAUGAGAAAGACUGAUGGAAGACUGAACACCCUAUAACCUGUUUGGGACGCAAAUAAAAUCAGUGCAACAUC